AUGGUCGGUGCUCGGAGCGGCACUUCUCGCGAGGAUCACUUCGAGGAAAAAUACGGAAGAAAUCACCGGCUAAAACCGGAAGAGAAAAACAUAGAAUCAGAUAGCAUGAAGGAUGCAACACAGACUUUGAGCAUCGGGUCUGUGCUGAUAGCGACAGUGACGUUUGGAGCCACAUUCGCACUACCUGGUGGUUACAAGGCGGACGAUCGUCCCAACGGUGGCUCACCGACGCUCGCAGGCACGUACGCCUUCGACGCGUUCAUGAUGGCCAACACGCUGGCCUUCAUCUGCUCCUCGAUGGCCACGGUCGGCUUCAUGUUCUCCGGGACUCCCAUGGUUAACAGGAGGAGCAGAAAGUUCCACCUUCGCUCCUCCGUGCAUUUCAUGGAGGCUUCGGUCACGAGCCUGACGGCCGCGUUCGCUCUCGGGGUGUACUUGGUGCUGGCUCCAGUCGCUUACAAGACCGCCAUUGCCAUUUGUGUCGUUAGCCCUUUUGCUUUGCUCUGGAAAAAUGUUGAUUAUUGGAAGAGAUGGAUUCGUUUUGCUGGACCCUUGCUGGCUAGGAACAGGCCAUGUUGGACCUUGCAAGAGUUUGCACGGCAAUUCGUGUGGAGCAUACUGCUUGAACUUUGGCCCCUCGUGAUAAUCUUCUGUUGGGCAGCAUUCGCAAAUACUGGUACACACUUUUAA